ACGUUCGCCCUUGUUUACACUCCCGCGCCGUUUGGACCACUGUUUUUUGCGGUUUAUUCAGAUAAUCGGUGCAAUAUCGGUGUAUCGGUGCGGAUAAGCGGAGAAAAUGAGUUCGUCCAACUUUCUCGGGCUGCUGGAAACAUUCACCGCUUCGUUAAGACGCGCGUUCAAGGCGAACGAUAUCGAGCUGCUGAAGGCGGACUACGAUGCGGUCCGGGCCAGCGAUAAGAAGACGGCCCUGCACCAGGCCUUCCGUGAUAUGAUGCUCAUGCAAACGGAGGACAUACCGGCCAUCGAGGCGUUCAUAAACUUUGCCGUCGCCUCGUGCCGAAAGGAUAUGACGAUGCCAACGAUGCCGGUGGUGCUGCUGGGUGAUUGUUUCGACGCGGUGACGAUCGAUCGGGCGGAGCAGAUUUUCACGUUCGUCGAGAAUAAUGUGGCCACCUGGAAGGAGGAGUUUUUCUUUACGGCCUGCAAACACAAUCUGCUCCGGAUGUGCAACGAUCUGCUCCGUCGGUUGUCCCGUUCCCAGAACACCGUCUUCUGUGGACGGAUACUGCUGUUCCUGGCCAAAUUCUUCCCCUUUUCCGAGCGCAGCGGACUGAACAUCAUCUCCGAGUUUAAUCUGGAAAACAUCACCGAGUACGGUAUGGAGGGUAACGAGACGACGCUGGACCAGCUAACCGGCGGUAACGGGGCGACCGAUGAUGCCGACACCGAGGCCGAGGAUACGACGGACGAGAACAAACUCAAGAUCGACUACAAUCUGUACUGCAAGUUUUGGGCACUGCAGGACUUUUUCCGUAACCCGAACCAAUGCUACAACAAGGUCCAGUGGAAAACGUUCGCGACACACGCCGGGAGCGUACUGGCGGCUUUCAGUAGCUUCAAGCUGGAAGAACAUCGAUCGACGGGCAGUGGGAAGCUGACGGAAGGAGGCACAGCGAGCGCCGAUUGUCCACCGAUGGAUGUGGAUCAACUCCGGGAGGCCGGUGGUCGCUUCUUUGCCAAGUUUCUGACCAAUCCGAAGCUCCUGUCGCUGCAGCUGUCCGAUUCCAACUUUCGCCGGUCGGUGUUGGUGCAGUUUCUGAUUCUGUUCCAGUAUCUCAACUCCACCGUCAAGUUUAAGGCGGAUGCGCACGUACUCACACAAGCGCAGAGCGAUUGGCUGAAGGAAACGGAAACGCUCGUCUACCGGCUGGUGGAGGAAUCGCCACCGAAUGGGAAAAAGUUUGCCGAAACCGUGCGCCAUAUGCUGACACGCGAGGAACUGUGGAACAGCUGGAAGAACGAAGGAUGCAAGGAAUUCAAACGACCGGAAGCGGUGCUCGAUGAUGGUGCACCGGCCACCGGAACAGCUUCGACGGCGACAACCGGUACCGGACCGGGUGCUGGUACCGCGGCACAAACCGUUGGCUCAUCUUCGUCCACCACCGCCUCCUCUAGCACGGCUACAUCCGGUCGUCCACCGACGAAGCGUCCUCGGCGCCCGUUGGGUGAUCUGAUAAGGGAUGCGACACGCCAGGGCAAGUUCUUCAUGGGCAAUCCGGAGAUUACGCGCCUUUGGAACGUCUGCCCGGACAAUCUGCAGGCCUGCAAAGGUACGGACCGGAACUUUCUGCCCACCUUGGAGACGUAUCUGGAAAAUCCGAAGGAGAAGCAAGAUCCCUCGUUCGAAUGGCGUGCGUUGCGGUUGCUCGCCCGGCAAUCACCACACUUCUUCACGCUCUUUAAUGCUCCCUCGUACAAGGUGUCGGACUAUCUGGAGAGUGUACGGAAGAAGAUCCAAAAGGACAAGCUGGAUGUGAAGCUGGAGAGUGCGAUGCAGGACGUGGAAGCGGCCACACCUAGCGUCGAGCAGGCGGAGGCCGAAGGUGAGGGACUGGUCGGUGAUGAAGAGCACGAACAGAUGGAUUCGGAGCUGCUGAAGACGGAUCAGUUAACGCCGGAAGACAAAAACACACACAAAACGCUCACGGUCAGUAAGGAACAGUUGGCCGAGCUAGCGCCGAGUAUUGGCAAGGAUUGGAAAAAGCUGGCCACCAAACUCGGGUACGGGGCGGACGAGAUACAGUAUUUCGAGUCGGAGAACGGAACCAUCACGGAGCAGUGCUGUCAUCUGCUGACGCUCUGGUUUGACGAUGAUAUGGAUGCGAGCUUGGACAAUCUGGCGUACAUUCUGGAGGGGCUGGAACUGGUGGCGGCGGCCGAUGCCGUGAAGCAAAUGAUUGCCCUGCUCAGCGACAAAGUGGAAGAAGUGUCCGAGUGAGCAUCCGAUCCAUCGCUCGACGACUGUGUGGCGUCGUGUUCUUUUAAUUUUCGCGAAAGCUUACCAAUAAAUGCAUUUUUCUACGAGCUGUACAAA